AUGGCCGGGGCGGUGGCCAGCAACAGUGCUAGGUGGAGGUUGAGGGGACGACAGGGCGGCGACCGCGGGGGGAGGCAGGUGGAUGGGGCGGGAGGCAUGUUUGAAGAAACCUCGGCCUACAUACUGGGUUUCCCCCGCCGCCGCCGCGGCCCUCCCCCGCUCCCGCCGCCCCCGGGCGCCGGCGGGCGCGCCCCGGCUCCCCCUCCCCCUCCCCUCCUCCCCCGUACCCCCCGCGUCGCCUCCCCGAGCGAGGCGACCCGGGGCUCCCCUUCCCUCCCCUCCCCCAGCAGCCCCCCUCCUCUAAUCCCCUCCCGCCGCCGCCGGUGUAGGCCUCCGGGCCUGGCUCGCGUGAUGCCGGCGGCGGCGGCCCCGUUCUUUUCCUCCCCGCGCGGCGUUGUGGCUCGGGCGAUGGCGCCGGCGGCGGUGCACCCAGGCCGGCGUCGGAUCCGGUGGCGGCUCGUCUUCGCAGGCGGCGCAGCUCCGGGUGGCGAGGUGGCGGUGGCGUGGCUGCUUGGCUGCGGGGCGGCGCGAUGGCUGGCGGCGGAGCCCUUCCGGCCCAGAUCUGGGCCCUUUUGGGCCCCAUCUGGGUCUGGGUGGGCCUGGCGUGUGCUUUUCGGCGUCAUCUCCGGCAGACGGAGGUGUGGCUUGGGCUGGGGGUGGCGGAGACGGUGGCGCGUGUACUGCAGCGCAGCGACGGGAGCUUCACGAGCCCGCUUCGGGCUCGGCCGGGCAGGGGUGCCUGGUUUGCUCCUGAGCUACGUCCGGUCGGUCACCGCCGAGGGUGGUGGAGGUUGUCCCCUCCCACGUGGCCGCUGA